CCUAUUCCCUCUAUUAAGUAUGAGAUGUACUUAAAAUAGCAUAUUCUGUCUCAUAAAACAUAGGAUAUUUGUAGAAAGUGUUUAAUGAUUUUUUUGUGUGCUUAACAUAGUAUUUUCCUUUUUUGUUUUUAAUUUAUAUUGACAAAAAAUUGGUCUUUAAUCUCAUUUAAUAUUUUGUGAUUUACUGAUAUUUACAAAAUACACAUAGAAUACCUAAUACAUUCCCUGAAAACAAUUAACUUCUCAAAUGACACUUUUUUCUCCUUUACUCAAUUCUUCAUUCUCCAGUUUAUAACAAUUUUGUUUUCUGAAAGGCACUAUAAGUUAUAAGAGCAUUCCCAAUUCUGUAAUUUGUUAGCUAUAUGACACUGGACUAGUGGCAAGUGAUGUAACAACUGGGCAGCUAAGUGGCCCAGAUCACUAAUUGCUCUACUUGGAAUCACAAAGACCUGACUUCACUUCCUGUCUCACUCAAACUACCUGUACAACCCUGGCCAAGUCUCUUAAAUUCUUUAAGCCUUCAUUUCUUCAUCUGUAAAAUGAGGAUAACAAUAGCAGGUAAAUCCCAGUGUUGUUGUGAAGACAAAAUGAGAUUUAUAAAAGUACCACAUAAAAUACUAGAUAUUAUGAUGCCCUCUCCUCCUAUUCAGUAAACUCUAAUGGUUCCUUAGCACCUCCAAGAAAAAAUACAAAUCUUUUUCCUAUCUUCCCAUUUUCCUUAUACCUUAUAACCUUCCAGUACUCGGCUGACCCAGUGACUCUUCUGACACAAGACAUCCCAUCUCCCAAAUGUAGGCAUUUUCUCUGGCUGUACCUCAUGUCUAGAAUGUUUUCUCCUCAUCUCAGUUUCCUGGGCUUCAAGUGUUAAAUAAAAUCCCACCUUCUGCAAAAGCCUUCCCUGAUUCUCCCCAUCCUCCCCCAAUGUCACCUUUCCCCCUAAGAUUAUUUCCAAUUUAUAUUUAGUUUCUACAGUUGAUCCAGGGAUGAUGGUUCAGUACAGUUGCCUGCUUACUGUCUCCCCCAUUAGAUCGUGAGUUCCUUGAGGAUAGGGACUGUGUUUGCCUUUUUCUGUAUCCCCACUGCUAACCCCAGUGUCCGGUAUAUAAUACUUGACUCCUCCAUUUUACUGUUUGGACUAUAUAAUCCAAUUCCUUGGACUUAAAAAUCCAAGGCUCUUUCCAGUGUCUAAUACGAAGAAUUUGCCGUUGAAGGCUUCCAAGACGUCCCCAGUUAUCACGAGGCGGACAACCCCUGCGUGGACCAGUUAGACGAUGAGAAAGAUGCACAGCUGCAGAAAAUUCUUCAGGCCGACCAAGGUCACUUUUGGAGGUAAUAUUAUAUUGCGGGUUUGGAGGGACAAACGCAGAGACGACAAAUCCGAGGCUGGGUCUGGCAUCUAGAAGGGCAUUAGGCAAGAUGAGGCUGGUUUUACGGCUGUGGAGAGGAGCCAACGCGAGUGACGGCUUUGGGGCUGCGAGCAGGAAAUGGAGAACGACUGGGAGCCGAAGAAUCGAUUUCAGAUUCUUGAUUGGCUGGGCUACCUCCCGGGGCCGAAAAAUGGGGUUAAACUGCACCAGGUUCGCAUCUGGCAUCAUGGCAGAAAGGGCCUUCACGAAUCCCUACCCAGAUUAUAGCAAAUCCCAGACAAUGGAGUAUUUUGACACUUCGGGGAGGCUUACUACUGACUUCUCGCAACGAAUAAACAAUAGGAUUCGAGAGCUUCUUCAGCAGAUGGAAAUAGGCCUAAAAUCAGCUGACCGUCGAGACUGUACUACCUACACUGGAUGGGCAGGUAUUGCUCUUCUGUACUUACAUCUCUAUGAAGUCUAUGGCGACCCAGUCUACCUACAAAUGUCCCAUGAAUAUGUAAAAAAGAGCUUAAAUACUCUGACCAAGCGCACCAUCACCUUCCUUUGUGGGGAUGCUGGCCCCUUAGCGAUAGGAGCUGUGGUGUAUCACAAGAUGGGGAAUGAGAAACAGGUAGAGGACUGCCUCACUCGUCUUGUCCACCUGCAUAAACUUGACCCCCGAGCUCCUGAUGAAAUGCUCUAUGGACGAAUGGGCUACAUUUAUGCUUUGCUUUUUGUGAACAAAUACUUUGGACAAGAAAAGAUACCUCAGCACCAUAUUCAGCAGAUUUGUGAUAUGGUAGUAUCAUCAGGUGAGGGUCUUGCCAGAAAAAGAAACUUUAUUUCAAAGACACCACUGAUGUAUGAAUGGUAUCAAGAAUAUUAUGUGGGUGCUGCCCAUGGACUGGCAGGUAUUUACUACUUCUUGAUGCAGCCUGUCCUUCAGGUAAGCCAAGUGAAGUUGCACAAUGUGGUCAAGCCCAGUGUAGACUAUGUCUGUGACCUGAAAUUCCCUUCUGGCAACUAUCCUCCAUGUGUGGAUGAUACUAGAGAUCUUCUUGUCCAUUGGUGCCAUGGGGCUCCUGGGGUGAUCUACAUGCUUGUCCAGGCUUACAAGAUAUUUAAUGAGGAAAAGUAUCUUAAUGAUGCCUUUAAGUGUGCUGAUGUGAUCUGGAAGUAUGGGUUACUCAAAAAAGGAUAUGGGCUGUGCCAUGGUGCUGCAGGCAAUGCAUAUGCCUUCCUGUCUUUAUACAAAAUCACCCAUGAUGUGAAAUAUCUGUACAGAGCUUGUAAGUUUGCUGAAUGGUGUCUAGAUUAUGGUGAGCAUGCAUGCAGGACCCCUGACACACCUUUCUCCCUCUUUGAAGGAAUGGCUGGAACAAUUUAUUUCCUGUCUGACCUGCUUGUUCCAACAAAAGCCAGAUUCCCAGCUUUUGAAAUAUAAAAGGCCAAACACAUCCCUACAGUUCAUUGCAUGUCCAUCACUACCCAUGCAAACAUUGGCUAAAUGAGUGCAUUACUUUUCACCAUCUUUCUUAACUAAAGGGAACAAAUUCUGUGUUUAAAAUAAUUGGUCUUUUCCACAAUAAUCUUCUGCUCAAUUCAUUUUGGGGAGUUUUCUUUUAUUUAAAAGGAUAAGAGGAAAAAAAACCACUUUAGGUUGUUUUCCUGAAAGGGGAUGAGAUGAACAGUAUUUUGUUGGAAACACACAUACAUACACAUUUCUGAACUUGGAAGAAAUUGCUAGUUAUUUAAACUUUUCAACAUGAUUUAAUGUUGAUACAAUUCUCACUACUAUAAUAAAAACUGAAUUGUACUUAAAGAUUAGUACAUAACUGUUAGUGCUAUUUAAAUAUUCAUUUUCCUUUGGCCUAUAGAAAACAUAUUAUUAUAGCCAUGCUUUCUUUAUGAAUGGCCAACUAUCAAAGGGGAGGGGAGCAGAAAUGUAUUUCCUCUAGAAAAUUGCAAAAGCCACAAGCUGAACCAAGGAUAUCUGAACCUUUUUCUUAAAUUCACAUUAUCUAUUCAGAGUUUAUUUAAUGAACUCUUAUCUUUUUAUUUCGUGGAUAUAAGUUAGCUUUUGUAUAUAUCUCCCAGAUUAAAAAAAAACUUUUAAAAAUGUGAUAAUCAGUUUAAAAUUUUUACUUUAAUGUUUUGAUAAAGUUCAAAGUAUUCUUAGAAUUACACAUUUAUUAUUUUUGGCUCUAGAAAAAUGUUCUAAAUUUUGGAAAUGCUUAUUAAAAGGUGGAUGAUUUUGUUAUUACCAGUGACCAGUGAAACAUGUUUUUGUUUACUACUAUAUUGUGAAUUUUUCACCCUCUUGAGCCUUUACUUCCCUUUUACUUGCCUUCUGAUCAUUGUGCUUUGGUGUACUGCUUGCUAAUGCUGUAGAAUAGUUUAAUCUCUCAAGUUAUUUGAGUCUGAUCUUCUCACUAAAUAGAAUAGCAUUAUCCCAUUUUUGUUACAAAGACCAAGAAAAAUUCCCCCGCUCCCUCCCCAGCCAACUACUUGAAAAGGAAGCACUUCAGCAUUUAGUAGAAGUUCUAUUUAGCUGUAAGUUACAACUAUGAAGACAUCUAGGUGGUACUAUGUAUAGAGACAGAGUACUAAGUCUGGUGUCUGGAAGAACUGAGUUCAAAUUCAGCCUCAGAUACUUAUUAGCUGUGUGAUCCUAGGCAAGUCAUUUAACUCUAUUCACCUCCGUUUCUCAACUCUGUGAAAAUAAGCUGGUAAAGGAAAUGGCAAACCACUCCCGUGACUUUGACAAGAAAACACCAAUGAGGUCACAUAGAGUUGGACACAAAUGAAAUGACUGAACAAAAACAAAUUAUCUAAUGGGUUGUGUUCAGCACAAAUAAUGGAACAAUCUUAGGUACCUGGAUUGUACCUACUUCCAAUCUCAUGAACAAACAGAAUUGGUUUCCCACCAUAGGCAACUGAUUUGACCCCAAUGGAUUUAUUAAGAUGUUUGUGUUAAAUAUCCUAGUGAACAAAUAGAACUUUUGCUAAAUACUCAGGGGCCAGUUUUUCAAAUUAUUGGCUGUAUGGCAUUUUCCUGAUCUUUUUCAUAGAAACUCAUAGAAAAUGAGUGCUAAAUGUUUAAUUGGAAGACUAAGAUUGUUAUAAAGUGGGAGGAAAGUAUAAGCAAGAAGUACUCAAAUGUAGUGAUCCCAGAACAGACAAAACACAAAUCAGGACUUACAGAAUUGUUAAAUCAUAAAUGAAAAUUUGUUUUGUUGGCUUAAUGAUAACAAAAAUAUGUACCUUUAAAAAAAUAUUUCCCCAAUACAAAACAUUUGUGUUGCAAUUCACUAUUUUCUAAGACUUUAAAAUUAGAUAGGGAAAGAAACAUUGGUGCCUCAAAAACCUCCCAAACUCUGGGGUCAUUGGCACCCUUCCCUACUGCUGACCCUUGAGGUAGGCUGGACCUUGCCUCAUACUCUUUUUUUUCUAUAGCUUUUUAGAACUCUUUAAGGGCUUAAAAAACAGUUUAGGAAAAUGGAAUAUACCUGUUUGAUCAGCAUGCCCUCACAAGAACAAAAACAUGCUGCUGACAUUGAAAUCUGACAUAUGAGCUACUCGUUGGCUACUGGUGUUAAUAUUCCUGUUAUUUUCCCUGUUAUCUAAAAAUAGCUAAUAGUGGAAAUAAUCUGGAUCUUUAAAUAUUGCUGAUAGUAGACUCUAAAAACACUUAAUUACACAAUUUCCUGGUUGGCCUUCUGUGGAUUGUGCAAAUUGUGGAUAACCCUCAGUCACGUAUCCUUCAAAAGUGCUUGUGGGUAAGCUGCACCUUCCUUGUGAAAGAUUUUGGGUUAGCUGUGUGGGCAGUUAUACUAAUAAAGAAAUGUAAGUCACAAGGAAGUUAAUCUGCCUUUGGCUGAUUGUCCUGGUUGAAAGAAUAAAGCUCAUUUGUUUAGCUACAUGUCUGCUGUACUGUUUUUGCACUUUUCAAUAAAUAAUUGUGAACCAUGGAGAAAAAGAGCACAUUCCUCUUAGCUGGAGGGUAGAAAUAACUAGCUUUGAACUUUUUUUGAUUAAUUCCAGGUAAACUUCUGUUCUGAUGAAAUUGUAUUUUCAUUGAGAAUCCUAGUUGAUGUUUAGAUUUUAACUGAAGUUUUAUCUAGAAAAAGUUUCAAGUAAACCUUUCAUGAACACCAUAGGUAUUAUUUAAAACUUUAAAACAGUUGGCUUGCAAACAGUCUAUGAAUUACUUUAAAAUAGUAGGCCAGCAAACCUUUAUUAAUGUAAACACAAUUGAAUUAAUCAAAUCAUACAGUAGAAGUAUGGUUUGCUGGAUUUUUUUUAAAUGAAAUUUUCAAUCGGCAUUGUGUCAAGUAUUGGUGCUAUCACUUUAUUUAUGUUCAGAAUCAGAGACCUUAUAAUGGCAAAUAAAAACUUGAAAACUUCAAGUUUUCUUAAAGUUCACAAUAGGAAAUAUGUUUUUUUUUAUUUCAGUUUUACUUUUUUAUUUUGCUUUUAAGUAUCCUUGCCCUUAGCUUGUGGUUCAGUGAUUUUUUUUUUCACUUAUGCUUUUCCUUUUCCCCCCAAAAAAAGUUGAUUUAAUGAAAAAUCAUUUGCAUUUUCCUGGGUGUAGGGUUUUUAUAUGUUCUGUGUGGACCUAAGACAGAGAAGCUGGUUCAGCAUGUACAUUUAAAGCAUUAACAUUUACAUAAUAUGUGCCUAUGUCUACGGUGAUGAGAAAUUGAAGUAGUUAAUUUUUCAUCCCAAGGUAACUUUUUAAAGACAGUUUUUCCAAAUCUCUGUUGGGCCUAGAGUCAUUUUAAUUUGCAACCAUUAAUCAUCCUUAGAACCUUUUCCCUUCUCUUCUCCACGCUUUGAUGCCAAUUAUAAUUAUAUGGCAUUAGAAAUCUUUGUGAUGGGUAGGAUUUUAAGUGAAAAUAGUUAGACCUAAGAGCACCUUCUGCAUUAGUAAAUUUUGUGAAUAAAUUAAAAUAAAUGUUUUUCAUUGUCAUCACCUUAUUAUUGUUUUGUUUGGGGUCCAAAAUGCUUUGCUUUCUAUGAAUAGUUAGUAAAAUUAUAAAAAUGAUCUUUUGUAUGCCUAUGAUUAUUUUUUUCUGUAUUUCUCAGAAGUCCAUUAUUACUCAACAGCACUCUUGGUCCCAUUUCUUUUUUCAGUGGGUAAUACCUCCAAAGUCAAAGCAAAUCUCUUUCUGUAAACAUAUGUCCUUGGUCUUUAGAAGAGCUAUUUCUCUCCCAUAAAUUGGUUUAACCUCUUUUAUUGUGUUAUGUUUUAGGACUGGAGAUAUAUAUAAUUAACUUAUUGUUAGAAAAUGUUAAUGUUGUCAUCAUAAUGUGUACUUUGUGGAAAAAUUUGUCAUAAAUCAAACUCUUAUUUCAGUGGCAAAAGUGAUAUCAAAGAAUACUAGUUUCCCACCUUUCUCUAACACACUAUUGUCUGAGGUAUGUUUUUGGCUUUCUUUUCUUUAGACCAAAACUGAUUUUCCAGAAGCACUAUUUUUUUUUUAAGAAAACAAAUCUUUAAGGUAACAAUUUUGUGGGCACACAUAUUCGUUUAAUAACUGCAUUGUAAAAGAAUUUUUAAUAGGUUCUAUAGCUCAUUCCCUCAGCCUUCAGGUCACAAAAAGUAUCUUUAACAUUUCAUACAUGUGAGACUCCAUUCUAUCAUUGAUAAACAAAGUUGUAAUUCUAAAAAUUCAUUUCCCUGACCUUAUGGAUUAUUUCCUAAAUGAAUCUUGAAUUAGAGAGGUAUAAGAAGAUAGAAAGGAUUGAGAAUAGGCUAGAAAUAAUUGUAAAAUAUAUUUUUGUACUAUGAAAGUAGAGCUUUUGUCUUGUGUAGUAUUCUGUAUGCUACAAUUUCAGUGUCACCAACAAAUGGCAAGAAUUUCCAAAAUUUUAAAAAUGUUAAUUUUUAACCCUAAAUUAUUUUGUAUUCUUUAGUAAGUUUGAUUACAUUUUCUUAAAAUGCUGUUUAAAUUUUCCCAUAAUUUUUGUAAGAUUAAGAGUAAAUGUGCAAUUAUACCAAUUAAUUCUUACCUUUGAGAAAGGAGUAUGAAGCAAAGGGAGUAUUAGUUCAUAAGAAUCAUUAAUAGAUUUAGUAUAGUGCUUCUUUCUCCCAUGACUCAGCCACAGAACACAUCACAGUUCAUGCCAUCUGAUUUUCCCUCUUCGGUUGAUUUUUUCCCCUCAUUUCUUUUCUCUAAUUGAUUAAGAGGAAUCACAAAGGUACCCAUUUCCAGUCUUAUAAAUAAAACAAAUCUGGGUCCCCGGUGAUAGAGAACUGAUUUUACUGCUGCAGAUUUGUUCAUAGUAAUUGAUUUUCUUCAGUCUUUUCUAAAUUUGAAUUUCAGAAAAAGUCUCCUUUUUUUGUCUCUGAACACUGAAGGAAAGAUUGAUUGUCACAUAAUUUCUUUUUCUUUUUUUUUCCUUCCUAUACUUGAUAACACCAUAAAUUCAGUAUUAUAAAAUGGUUCAUGCACUGCUCCUACAGGCACCAAAUUAAUAAAUAUCUAUAAGUUUCAUUUCCUUGGGCUCUCAUACCUAAUGUUACCAUAUUCACCUCUUUCCUACUCAAACCUAUCAUCAACAGUAUGCAAAAAUGUCAUCAAUUUUACAUCAGAGAUCAUGUUGGAUCUCUCAGUGUAUAAAGCAGUGAUUCUCAAAGUUUUGUUCUCCGUAUGCCUUUAUACUAUUAAAUAUUCUUGAGGAUCUGUCCAAAGAGUUUUGGCUUAUAUUUAUAGAUAUUUACCCUAUUAAAAAUAAAAACUAUUUUUGAAUUUGUAGACCCUCUGAAAGAAUUUCAGAGAUUCCCAGGAUUCUCUGGACCACACCUUGAGAACCACUGGUAUAAGUUGUUUAAAUACUGUCUUCCAAAAUUCUCUCAUGAUAGUAUCCACAAGGACAAAUUUGAUAAAUUUCAUAAGAAAUAGCAGAAAACCAAAAACAUAAUAAACAAAGAGAUGAAAUAAUGAGAAUAGAAGGAUGAAUAUAAGCAGUGCUGCUUUAUAGUCAACUAGUUCAAUUUCACAUCUCUACAUUAUAUUAACUUUUUCAUCUGACUCAAAUUAUAGCCAUGGUAACAAUAAAUUUUCAGUUAAUGUACUAUCACACCACAAAUAAGUAUUAGGGGGAAAAAAAAACAUGAGGCACUCUGUCAUGCAAGCAGAUACAAGACUUAUGUGGUAAAUCAGUUUAUAAAGCACUAUCACAAUCAUUCAGUUUCUCUCAUGAUGAAGCUUGAACCUUAAAGAAAACAUUUUAAGAAAAUAUUGAUGGCAUUCCCAGUAAUUUGAUGAUUCCUAUUGAUUGCCUCUUUUAAAUAUGAUUUUAGAAAUCAUCUACAUACCUCCUUGCUUACAGAUUCCCAGUUGUAUGUUGACAUUUUGACUCUUUGCCAUAGUUUAUAUGCUGCAAAACUUGAUGCUUAACCCUCUUGUGUAAAUUACUAGGUGUCCAAAAUAACUUCCAGUAACCAAUAUUGGUAGGGAUUGGUUUUAAGUUGCAGUAUGGAAGUCAUUGACUUUGCAUAAACUUUAGUAUUUCAUCUCUUCCUUUUCCCCUAUAAGAAUUAAGGCAAAAUUUCCAAUCCAUUAACACUAGAGCUAAGAGAAAUAGAGCCACCUUUAUAUCCUGUUCAGUUUAUGUCAUGAAUGAUCAUGUUUUCUUACCUGUUAUGGAGUUUAUCUGCUUAACUUUGAAGAUAAUUUUGUGAAUGUAUAUGGAAGUUCCACAGACCCCUUCAGAGCUUCUAAGAGUUCUCCCUGGAGAUCUCUUGGGUGCAGGUUAAUAUUAAAGGCUUAAAGGUGACACUUGCCCCCAGAUACAAAGAGCCCUGUUUCCCUAUUUCAGAAAUUGUCACUAUCAAUCCCAUUAUGAUAGUGUAUCCUAAAGUCUUCUAUCAAAAUAGAGAAUAACUAGAAUAAUCAUUAAAAUUCCAAUACAAAUUGUUGAUAGUUGCUAUUGUGAAAGAAAAGAACAAGAUUAUGAAAGAAUAGUACCUGAGGCCCAUAAGUUCUGAAAAAACUUAGGUUAGAAAAAAAUCUCUGUUUUAAAGUUAUCAAGUACACUGCUUUGAGAGAUUGCUGUGUUUGGUUUUGGUCCAAAGGAUUCCAUGUGAGCCCCUCAGCCAGUCACACCUAGUUAUUAGGACGCUAAACCAGUAGACCAGCCUAUGGUCGCUUCUGGCACCCAGAAUUCCUUAAAACAUUGACUGACUUCCACUGAUGGGGUUAACUCCUGCUGUGUAAUCUUCUAGCUUUACAAUUCUUAUGACCAAGGUGGGUCGUCCCCCACCAUCGAGGUUGUUUUCUUACCUUCACACGGUUCAGAACCCUCUGACCAAAAAUAAGGUGGUACAGAAUGGUAUCUGAACGUUCGGGGUGAUUAAGAAAAAAUUUGCAAAAGUGGGUCCCAUGGGCAUUCCCAAAUAAUCUGGUCCUGAACAACCCCUCUCUUAGAGAGUGGUUGUAAGUCAUUCUAAGGCUUUCCUGAGUGCUGCGAGGAGUCCUUUUCAAUAUUGCAGGCAGUCCAUCCAGUCAGCAUAAAGCUUAACAACACACGAGGGCAGAGUUAUGAUCAGAUGCAUCGACUCUUCUGAGAUGGAUCGGGACCAAAUGAAGACACAGUCAGGGAAGUAACUCCAGGAACUACAGAAACAGGUAUCUGGGGAAAGACUUCUGCAAAUGUGUGCGGAGUCAUUGAGUAAACAUGAUAAAAAGGCCAAAGACUACAGGCAUACUCAGGCCUCUUGUUUGCUACAUCAAAGAAAUUUGGGAUUUCUCUUAAGAAUUCCAGGCUGUAACUCACUUUCUGGUAACACAUAUCACAAGGAAGAAAUAUGCUCUAAAAUGAUGAAACAAGGUCAGAUGAUCAUAUGACCUGUAUCCUCGAGUGAUUGUUUCUGGCACAGUUACAAGAAUCAAGCAAGGAAGCCAGUUGCCAAACUGUGGUUCUCUUCCCCCUUGGAGCAUGAAAUGUGACACUUACUGCCUUUCCAAGCCACCUCAGCACCUCUCAAAACUGCUUCUGUCCCCAAACUACGUACUUAGCAGACUGACUUGAUUUUGGUAAUCGCUUUAGCAAAAUUGUAAUACAAAAUCCUUGUAUUUUCCUUUGGAAACAUUAAUCUUAAACCUAUCUUUGAGAACUCUAUAGAAGGAUAUAGAAGAGUUUUAUCAAAAUUCCAUACUUUUGCAUUUUAGUAUUGCUACCUCUUACUCUGUUUUGAAUUCUUGACCCUGUAAAUAUAAUAUUCUGAAUUUAUGAUUUUUGUUGUUAAAGUGUAUACAUAAUCAGUCUUUAUAUGUUUCACCUGUCAGUAAGUCUUAGUAGUGGAAAAAAGUGGUGACAAAGGAAAAAAAAAUUUUUUUCUUAAAUGUAAACAAAAAUAAUGGAUAAUAUUCUGUUUUACAUAUCAGUUUGCAUUCUUUCCAGCUAACAAGUUAGAUGUUUUUGCAGUCUCCCUGCUUUUUAUGAUGAUGACUUUGUGGGCCAUGGCAGAUUGCAUAUGUAUUAAUAAGAUUAUUUUAUAUCAGCAAAAAUGGUUUAUGCAUAAUAAAAUAAUGGCCCACAUUUUACAUGCAUAUGGUGCUUUAAGGCUUAUAGAGCAUUUGGUUCCCCACAGCCCUAUGUCAGUAGCUAGGGUUAUAUAUCCCUGUUUUAUAGACAAAGGACACAAGCCCCAAGGUAAAGUGAUUUGGCUGGGGUAAUAAGACUAAUAAAUGACAGCUCCAAAAUUUGAACAUAGGCCUUUGAGUCUCAAGUACAGUAUUCGUUUCAUGCUCCAAAAUUUCAAAGUCAUGAAAUCAGCUUUAAAUUCAAUCACUAAGCCAAAAAAAAAAAAAAAGGCAAAAUUUAAUUUUAAAUUUUUUUGUUGAUAAACUAUUGGUCAUUGAUGUGCAUUUGGGAUUGCUUUUGCUGAACAGUCUUCUUCAUCAACAAGGAAUAUCACGGGACACUUUACAUCAAAAAGUACACUAGAAUAGUUAAUUCAGAAUUAAUCCUGAGCAAGUAGCUUCAUAUCCCUAGGUCUCAAGUUUUCUUAUCUGUAAAAUGAGAUGGCUGGACUAGCUCAGUGGUGUCAAACACAAAUAGAACAUAUCCCUGCAGACCUCAUUGACUUAGAAAAUCACAGAUUAACAUUGUUUUAUUUUUAUUUUGCUUUCCAGUUAUAUUUCAAUUCAAUUACAAUUCAAUUACAAAAUAUUUUGGAAUUUUAUAGGCCAUUUGCCACUUGCAGUUGAACAUUUUGACACUUUUAGGGUAGAUGCUCUCUAAAGUCCAGUUCUAAAUUGAUGAUUUUAUGAACUGGGUAGUCAUUAAAAAUGCAGGUACAAGUUGGGAAAGCAGGAAGGAAAGGCAGGUGAGGGAAAAUUUAUAUAGCACUUUGCAAGUGCUCACAACUCUGGUGUAGGUAGGUACUGUUAUCUCCAUUUUACAGUUAAGGGGUCAUACAAUUAGUAGGUGUCUGGAAGUCAAAUUUGAACUCAGUUCCUCCUGACUCCAAGCCCAGCACUCUGUCCACUAGGUCACCUAGCUUGUCAGUGAGUUGCUUAAGAGCUAUGUAUGUGUCUGAAAAGUUUUUGAAAUGAUGAAAAUCAAGUAUUUCUAUUCUUGGAGUGUUAUAUAUUCAGAAAUUGGUUCUAAAUCAUUUUUAAUAAAUUUACUCUCCACCAUUCUGGAAUGUCAAUGUAUAUCAUGUCAAAAAAGCAUCCUAUACUCAACUGCUUAAUUUUUAAAAUGGGAUUGGUUUUACCUUUUAAUGAAUUUUCUGAUAAUGAAGUUGACUUACCCAUGUUUCACGAACUUUUGUUUUAAAUUUGUGCCAUACUAUUUCAGAAAUUUAUAUUUAACUUGGUUCCAUAUUGAUUGUAUUUUCUUUUGCAGAUCUUUGCUCCCCAGACUAAUCAAAACUCUCUCUCCAAUAAAAACAGCAUUACCCCUGGGGCUAACACAAUGAUAAAUUCUCUCCAGCAGAUGUCAGUAGAGUUAAGUUCAUAAUUUUGUUUCUUCUUGAACUUUGGUUCAGUACAGAUUUUGGUCAUCCACAAUUAAUGACUGGUUAAUGAAUGGAUUUUUGUGUAUUUAGAUGUUUGUAAUUGCACUUAGAAGAACAGGGAUCCGUAGUGAUCAUCUCUAAUCUCUUGUCCCUUUGACCAGGCCUAGUUUACUCUCACCAUUCUCCCUGGACCUUGCCCCCCCCAAAAAAAAAAAAAAAAAUUAGGAGCAUUUUAAAAGAGCUUCCUCUUCUACCCUGCUCACCAGCUCUUAUCAUUCAAACAUCUUCCUCUACCUCCUUCACUCUGGUCCCAGUUGAAGAGGCUCCUUGACAAGAGCAACGCUUCUAAAUGCAUCCUUGCUGCAGUCAUGCUGAUUCCCCUACUCCAGUCUCUUCCUAUAUACUGGUUCUUUCCCUGCUGUUUACAAAGAAGUACACCCACAUUUUCCCACAUCUUUAAAAAAAAUGCUCAUUAUAUUCCUCUUCUAGUUAAAAUCCUGGAGAAAGACAUGCAUAUUAGAUACUUUUAUUUCCUUGCUUCUCAUUUCUAAACCCUCUCCAUUCUUGUUUCCGUUCCUAUUAUUCAACUGAAAUUGCUCUUUUCAAAGAUACCAAGCCUCUUUUCAAAAGGAUCCUUCUUCAUCUCUUAAUACCCUUCUCUUUGUGGAUACUCCUCACCAGGCUUUUGUGGCCCUGUUCUCUCUUGGUUCUCUCUUUUUUUGUUUUUUUGGUGAGGGGUUUUGGUUCUCCCUUCUAAUCACAUACACUCUUUGGGUUAUCUGUGGUAUCUGCUAGUUGGAGUUUACUCCUGGGUAAUCCCCCAAAGCUCUGAAGUAGGAUAUCAUCUCUUCUCCUUUAUUAAUUUGCUUGGUGAUCUCAUGAGCUCCCAUGGAUUUAAUUAUCAUUUCUAUGAAGAUUAUCUACAUAUGCAUGUAUUUAUAUUUACAGCUAUAUAUACACACAUAUCCAAUACUGAAUCACUUCCAGGCCAAUUCCAAUGCUCUUAUGAUGGAAAGAGCCAUCUGCACCCAAAGAGAGAGCUGUGGGGAUUGAGUGCAGAUCACAACAUAGUAUUUUCACACUUUUUGUUGUUGUUUACUUGCAUUUUAUUUCAUUUUUUUCCUUUUUGUUCUGAUUUUUCUUGGGCAGCUUGAUAACUGUGGAAAUAUGUAUAGAAUUGCAUAUGCUUAAUAUAUUGGAUUAUUUGCCAUCUCUGAGACAGAGUGCAAGGAAAGAAGGGGAAAAAAAUUUGGAACACAAGGUUUUUCAAAGAUGAAUAUUGAAAAUUAUCUAAGCAUAUAUUUUGUUAAUUAAAAAAAAAAAAGAAAGAAACUGAAUCAAUUCCCUGCUAAACAAGUUCCAAUGGCUUCUUGCCCAAGCUCAAAUUAAAUGAGUUAUCUCCCCUCCUCACUCUGCCAAUACUUCCUUUCAGAACUCAAAUCCCAUCUACUUCAGGCUGCUUUUCCCUGUCUAUCCACACACAUGCCUCCAAACUACAAAUGCCAUCCCUUCCUUAGUGUCUUACCUCUGCUAUAUAGAUCUUGUAUCUCCCUGAUUAGAAUGUAAAUUCAUGGAGGGCAAGGCUGUUUUAUUUUAAUUUUUGUCUGUCUUUGUAUUUUUAGAACAUCAUAGUGUCUGGUAGAUAGCUGCUUGCUAGUUUGAUUUGAGAUAAAUUUUAAGAUGUAAAGAUUUUAUCUACAAUAAAACAGGUUUUGAUAAUGGCAGUGUCUUUCAGGCAGUACUGAUAGUGCCUCAGUGCUUAUAUCCACCAGUUCUUUUAGUGGAUGUCCUUCAUCUGGAUUUGGUGACUUGAACUCAUAUCCUGAUGCUUUCUUACAAUCUCCCCAGGAGGAUUUCCAGUUCAGCGAGGAUGCUCCUUGAAAAAGACAAGCAGAACAAGAGUUGAGCAGCUCUGCUCUCUCUCAUCCCUUAUCAUCAUUCUACCACCGCCUAAGCAAUCUACCAUUUCUUUGAACUUUCUUUCCCUCCCACUAUUACUAACAAGCUUUCACUGCUGUGAUACUUUUUUAUAGGACUAUGAUAUACUUUUUGUUUUCCCCUUCUUGGAAACAUGUCCUGCCUCUUCUCCACCUGGGAAGGAGGGGAACUUCCUAGCUUCCCUGAGCAGCCACUCCAUCAUACUCCUGACAUUCUCUUACAAUUAGGAAUUAUUUUGUCCUGCUGGGGAGCCCCAAGCCUUUAUGCUGUCUAGCUACCCACAGCUUCCCUAUGCCUUAUGCCUAAACCUCCUGGAGGCAGAAUCCUUUUGGACAAUGACAAAGUAACCUGAACUCAUUCCUCAAUGAUUAAUGUACUCCUAUCCCAUGGUACCUGGUAGGGAUUCUGGACACCUUGUUGCUGUUAUUCAAAAUGCAUUCUCCAUCCCUCAUUGAACACUUUAAUCUCAUUUCCUGAAAUCAUAUUUCCCCAUUCUACACCGCCCCCCCCUCCAUUGUAUCAAAACUACAUUACCCAUUGUAUUCUCUAUAGGUUAAACAAACUAGCUUUCAUCUUAACCCUUUUCUAUUUUUUUUCCAUCUUUUUGCACUCACUGAGACCUAAUGGGACAUCUUUCCCAACCACCUUUUUCAACAAUGGUUGCAUUACCCUAACAUAUAAUAUCUUGUCUAGAUAUCACACUAAUGACAUAUUGGGAGAUAGUAGCUAGUACUUUGUUUGUAAUCCAAAUUUACUAUGUUUAUAGCAUUUUCUUAGUUAUCAAUUUAGCAAAACAUAUGAGUUCAGCUUAGCAUUGUACUUGAUGAAUGCAUGCUAGCUUUCUGUGAACCUUAUUUCCCCUCUAAGUGCUUAUAAAUGACCUAGAAUUUUGCCACGUAUCAAAACUCCCUGUUUGAAGACUUUAUCUUUUUUCCCUUUCUCAAAACAAAGUUAGUUUUCAGUUUUGUAAUGCCUUUCUAUUCUCCAUGAUUUUUCAAAGAUCAUGAAGCAAUAACAACUACAUCCUACAUCUAGUGUGUAUGUUGCCUAGGCAACAAAAUAGCCUCAUUGAGGCCAACUAAGGCGUCCUUUUUUCAACUUAUUUUGGGUUUUGAUAACCAUUUCCUUUCAUAUUUCCUAAUCAUCAUUCCACUUGAUUGAGAAAACAGAAGGAAAAUAGAAAUUGAAUAGCUCUCCCUUCUCUAUGUCCUCCAUUACUAUUAUUUCUAUAGACAUCCUCACGGGAUGGGGAGAGCCUAGAAUGGGAAUUAGAGGCUACCAGGUUUGCAUUUCCUCAUCCAUAAAGUUGAGUUAAAUUAGGUAACCUCUAAUUUUCUUUCCAAUUCUAAACUGGAAUUCUAAUUUCCAAUUCUAAAGCUAUAAUGCUACAAAUUCUUUUUACCAUUCUAGUCUUGGUUCUUCAUUUGUAAAAUUAGAGUUUUGGAAGAGAUGAUUUCUAAGGUCUCUUCAAGUGCUAAGAUUCUAAUUCUGUGACUCAAAGGCUAUUAUUGGAGUGCUAACUAUGGUUCAAAGUCAGCAGUUGGAGUUUCUUCUGCUCCAGGAUACAACCAAAUGGAAAAGUUAGAAGGUCAAAGGGAUAAGUAGAAAUUUGCUACAGGUUGGAUGUUGUACAGGCUUCCUAGAAAUGGUUGUUGAACUGUUACCAAUACGGGAAACAUUUCAACCAUAUCAUUAAUCAGUGAGAAAAUAAUGAAUCUUCACUUAUAGAAAGACUCUUAAGAAUUUUUUUUUAAUUAAUAGGUUAUCUUGAGCAGAAAAAUACUAUGUCCUGUGCUUUAUUAAGGAAAAUAUGGGUUAUAAUCUCAAGAGACAUGGAUCAUAGGCCUGCCUCUCCCACAUAGGUCCAUCUUGCCCAUCAACCAGCUACAUGAUCACAGAUGCACUCAAUUACCUCAAUUUUUCAUUUAUAAAAUAGGAUUGAGCUAUAUGAUUUCUGAAGUACCUUCCAUGUUUAAAGCUCAAUGAUUAUGUGAUUCAGAUCUUGCUUUUUUAUUGAGUCACUAAAUGAUUCUGGAAAACCUAGAUUAAUUCAAUCUGUUUCCACUAAUCCAAGAGUUAAGUAAAUUUAGUCAUUGCACUCUAGCUAUUUUAUAGAAGGUAGGAAUAAAACAUAGUUGGGAAGGUACUAAUGCCUAUAGCCAAUCUAUCACAGCAAUACCAACUUCAGAGCUGCUUUUACUCUAGCUAACACUGAUCUUUGGAAUGCACUGAUCUUUCUAACUGUCUUCCUUAUAAUGAGAUGGAGAGGAAUCCAUUUUACCCUUGAAUUUCAAGUAAGACGAAAUUAAGAGUUUUUGAAAAUGAAUUUUUUACUGAGCAACUAAAGACAACAAACAAAUGAUAAAAAUGAAACAAUAGUUUGUAGAAUGUAUAUUCCCUAUUCUAACUUUAACAUAUAAUCAAAUAUUGGUUUGGCUAAAACAGCUUAUGAGGCACUGAAGUCCACAAAUUCUUCCCCUGUAUGAGUUGGAUAUGAAAGAAUGAAUGCUAAGUAGAGAUUCUUAAAACUUUAGCAAAAGUAAAUUGUAGUCAAAUUAUUUCUAGGUAGGUCAAUUCCUCUAUACCCUACUCCACUCCCAUGCUAUAUCCAAUUUUCCUUAGUCUAUACUAACCAUUUUUAUCCCAUAGCCACUUAACUUCAGCACACCCCCCUAAAUUCCCUCAUUGUGCUUCAUAGAUUUUAGUCCCCUGGGCAAUUCUAUAGUUUUAUUAUACAUCUUUGGAGUUAAGAAUAUGCUUUAUUCCUGACCCAUUUUUCUUUGCUCUUGCAUCUGCUGCUGAAUAUAUUUAUGAGCUAUUUACUAAAGGUGGUUUCAUGAUAUCAUUGAAAGACAGUCUGGCAAUCUGGCAGCAAGGACUACAGAUCUUCAUUGAAUUUGAGAUUUGAAGACAUAGAUUCAAAUACUGGCUCUGAUCCCUAUAAAUUACAACUUUGAGCAUGACUUAAAUUCUGAGUCCCAGUUUUUAAAAGUAAGAUAAUUCUUGCCCAAACUACUUCUUUUUUUUUUUUUUUUGUAAGUUUAAAUGACGAAUAUUAUGGUUCAUCAGAAGAAAACAUUUUCUUACAUAAUCAAGUUAAGAUCAGUUCAAAAGAUUUGAGAAAAACAUAUCUAUUUGUGCAAAGCAUUAUAGUAGAUGUGAUUGUAAAACUAUACAGGAGAGAAACCUUGUUCUCAAGGACUUUGCAAUCUAAAGGGGUUACAGACAUCUUUACAACUAAUUGUGACACCAGAUAAAAUAACCAUGGAGCUUCCUGAUAAAGUCACCCAUGUUCAUCCAUGAUUGUUCUGUUUUAGCCCCUCCCAGACAUCCAACUAUUUGACAAGCCUUGAUCCAAUGUUCUCCACAUUUCUCAUAUUCACCCUUUCUCUCAUACAGCAAUAACCCUAGUUCAGUCUCUUCUCUCCUGGACUAUUGUAAUAACAUUUUCUUUAGGGGCCCUUAAUUCCAAACUACUCCAUCUCCACUCCAACCUCUACUCAUUUUCCAAGGAGAUUUUUCCUUUUUUUUUCCAAAAGGAGUAACAUGUUCCUCCCAGUUACAUGUAAAAACCACUUUUAACAUUUGUUUUUAAAACUUUUGAGUUCCUAAUUCUCUCUCUACCUCCAUCUCCAAUCCUCUUCAUUGAGAAGAUAAGCAAUUUUAUAUAGACUAUAUAUGUGUAGUCAUGAAAAACAUUUUUAUAACAGUCACAUUGUAAAAGAAAACAGACCAAAAAAAUCCCUCAAGAAAAAUAAAGUAAAACAAAAGUAUGCCAAACUACUUCUCAAAGCAGUUAUGAGGAUCAUAUGAAAUAUGUCAGACAUUCUGUAAACAAAGUGUAACAUAGCUAUGAACUUUUUCCUUUUAAGAUUUCUUCUUACUUUCAAUAAAGAUAAUUCUCUACACUUAUCAUUCCAACCUACAAUUUGGAAAUACUCUUGAGUGACGAUGCCAUCUAGAAAAAGGAAAAAGGGAAAAGAAAAAAUAUUUCCUUAGACUUUUGGACUGAAUCACAAUCACAUCAAGCUCUCGGGCUGUAUAAAAGAUUUUAACUCCCUCUUACUCUCUUUCCCGCUCCCAAGUUCUUGAUUCCUACCUGAGAGGUGCUUCAGUUUCUCACCUCAUUUUCACAACACUAAUUAGACAGAUUCCAAACCUAGAGAUUGUUAAAACCUUUGUCAGCUUAAAAGAUGAAUCUCACUCACCAGAAUAGUAGAUGUUUUCCAUAUGAAGGAGCCAACCAUGACAUAUUAGCAAACAAAAUUUCCAAUAAGGGAAGAGGAAAAGCAUUCUCAUUGAUACAGUGGCACUGGGAAAAUAGAUAUCUAUGGAACUUGUUUUGCUAUUGUUUUUUACCAACUCAGGAGAAAGAAGCCAUAGGAACAUUUUAUUUGCAAAGUUAACUGUUAAAUUUUCCUAAUCAUUGUCUCAGUGGAUUUUUCAUUUUAUGGGUAUCUGUUUUCUUGUGGUAUAAAUUUUCUUAUCCCUUGGUGGCUUUGAAUAGGGAUCAUCUGUUAAGCUCAUUGCACACAAUUUCUCUAAGGGUGCAUAUAGCCUUGAGACUUUCUUCUUCUGAUAUAUUUCCAUGAAUAAAAUAAUCAUCUUAAAAAAAAAAAAAAGAAAAAGAAACAUUUCUCAGUGGGAUAUUUUCUUCAGUCACUGAAAUCAACCAUUACUCUGUGGUAAGGAAAGUAUGAGCAGUAAGCCUCUUAAAAUAACUCUACCAUAGCUCUAAUUGGAGUUGAUUGUGAAAAUCCACUUGAUUCCAAACUUUAACACAUGACUGAAAAGAUUGCAUCUGUUUUAUAUUAUUAUAAAACCUAUUUUCCUCCCGUUUUACACACAUUUGAAAAAAAAAAAAAGGUAUUUUUUUUUAAACUUAGUUUUCAAGAAGAUUAUGCUGAUAUAGUAAGUGGUUUGAACCUGGGCUUUUAUUUCCAUAAAUAAAACCUACAUGUUUAUAGGAGUCCCUAAAGGAUUUACCAUAAGAUAAUGUACUUGCUUAGAAAGACUAAGGACUGAUAUGAAAGUAAACAUACAUUUACUUUCACUAAAAGUUUUCUGAUUUGUGUGAGCCAAUGUACCCUUAAGAAGAUAUAUAACAACUAUGGUGAGUUGUUAAAUUUCAAUUAAAAAAUCAAAAGGAGCAUUUAGAAGUGAGAGUAACUAUUGGCAGAAUUGAAUUGGUCCAACCAAUUCUGCAUAUCAAUUUAAAUGAAAUUAUUCAAGAAAAGACUAAAUUGUUUUUAUACCCUUUGAUCCUUUGAUUCCCUUUACUGGAUAAAUAUACCCAAGGAGGUCAAAGGCAAAAAAAGUCCAAUUCUCUUUUUGUGAUAACAAAGAACUGGAAACACAGUGAGUGCCCAUCAAGUGUAAUGGAAUAUUAUCAUUCAUAAAGAAUUGGCAAAUGUGAUGAAUUCAGAUAAAAACAUGGGAAGGUCUAUAUGAAUAGAAAUGAAAUAAGUAGAAACAGGAGAAUGCAAUAACUACAGUAUAAAUAUACAUAUUCCUUUGAACACUAUGAGAAAGCCAGGCUCCAAGUCACUUUCAAUACUUCCUUUAAAAGAAAGGUUGAUGAAAAAUACCUCUUCUCAGGAAGAAGUGGAAACUUACUAAGGUAGGGUAUUAUAUCCAUUAAGGCAUGGUCAUUAUUUCAAGUGUUUUUGCUUAACUGUUCUUUAUUAAAAGAAAAGGUUAAAUGUCCAGGGGUAUUGCUUCUAGAAAUGACUGCAGUAUUAAAACAAUGGCAUUUAUGAAACAUUUUAUAAUAUCCUCCAGAAUUUAAAAAAAAAUUUUUUUUAAGUAUGGCUAAGUGAUAGUUUACAAAAAUGAUAACAAAGAAUUUUAUUCACUAUACCUUCCUCUAUAUACUCUGAGGUAUUAGUAAAAAUAACAUUUCCAUUUUCACAAGAAAUGCAAGUGAUCAUAAGCCCUUCUCAUUUCAAUUUUUAAAAUAAUAAACCCAUUAGGAAAAUGAGCCAUAAGGAUGAUGACAAAAGGUGUAUAACCACAAUAGAAUUAUCUCCUUGUCCCCUUAUAUUCACAAUCACUAUUUCUUCCUUCCCUACUUGAAAAAGUGAUGUAAUUCAAGCAAUGACUUUAAUAGCAGAGGGAAUGCGAACUUCCAGCUUAUCAAGGCUGCUUAAAACCAGAAGCAGGUUACCCAGUUCCCACAAAUCCACCAGCAUAGCCUUGAAGUUCUUAUCAGAUCAAAUAACAAGAAAUCUAAUGAGAAAUUAUAAUCACUUCCACCCUGAUUUCAUAAGAGAUUGGCCAAAAAUGAAGCCUGAAAGCAAUAGGAAUGGUACCUGGCACCAACACAUAGUAAGUAGCCUCCCAACUAUAACUCGGGACUGCCAAGAAAAUGUAUGAAAAGCAUUUGUUUCUUGAGUAGCAAGAGUAAAGAGUUCCUUCAAAGGAAAAAAAAAAAAUUCUGUGGUGAUCAGGAAGCCCUGAAAUGGUGAUAAAUGGGAGUAACAAGUAGCAGCCAGUGCAUAGCAUAGUGAAGAGGUAUGACCUGAACAUCUAAGCCCAGAGACCAAGUUUGCUAGCAUCUGUUCGAAGCACUCUGAACCUCAAAUAUCUAGAGGGACCCAAACCUAGGAGUGUGGAUGUCAGCACAAGAAUUCAGGUGACCCAGGAUGCAAAAGUGUAACAGGGCAGAGCCUGACCUUGGUGCAAAGCAAUUCAAGAAUGGAAUCUGGAGACAUGAACUAGCAUAAAAAAUAAUUGCAAAUCUAAAACUACCACAAAAAAAAUCACAGAAGAUUCAAGGGGGGGAAAUGUAUUUUCAUCAAGAAGUACAUGUAUGCUAGAAGCAGUGAAGCAAGAGCUAAAGCAAAUAUACAACUUAAAGAGCUGUUAAGGAAAGAAUUAGAACAAAUAACUUAGGAUUGGAAAGUGAUCAUUUAAUGGACUCUUUGAAAUAAAAUAACCCAAACAGAAA